CCAUCAAUGAUAAGACAUUCACAAACACUGUUAUAAAAGCCACACUCUCAAUUUUUUUCCAGCGUCUUCAUUUUUCCGUUGGCACCAAAAGUGAAAACAAUGAAGUUUGUACUGGCCUGCCUUUUGCUUGUUGCAGCUGCAACUGCACUACCCACAAAUGACCUCAGACAAUCGGCUCUUUACAAUCCUGAUCUCUUUGAGGGAGAUAUUCUCGGAUUCGAACCUGGUGACAGAAAUGUUAUUCCAUACACUCAAAUGAGAUGGCAAAACAACGAAAUCCCAUACGUUAUUGACAGGACUCUCGCCACCCAACAGGCUUUGAUCUUGUCUGCAAUGAAUGAUUAUCAUAUCAACACUUGCUUGAGAUUCAAACCAAGAACUACUGAAAGGAACUACAUCAAGCUCUUCUCUGGACAAGGAUGUUACUCAUACGUUGGUAUGAUUAACCGUGGUGAGCAGCCACUAUCUCUUGGACCCGGUUGCUUGUACAAGGGAACCAUUGUCCACGAAUUGGGACACGCCAUCGGAUUCUUCCACGAACAGAACAGAUCAGACAGAGAUCAGUACUUGACCAUCUAUUGGCAGAACAUUCAAUCAGGUAUGGAGACUCAGUUCGCCUUGUUGAAACCCCACGAGAACUUGUUGCUGACCACCUUCGACCACGACUCCAUUAUGUUGUACGGUAACUAUGCCUUCUCAAGGGACAGGACAUCCCUCACCAUGGUGGCCAAGAAUGGAAGACGUCUGCUUGAGCCCUACGACAAGCAAGGACUCACCAUAAGUGACAUCACUAGGGUCAAGAAAAUGUACAACUGCUAAAUUAAUAAAGGCUGAUUCGUUUCGAUA